AAAAAAAAAAAGUCAAAUAUAAAUUAGAGUUGAGUUAAACGUGAAUUUAGUAGGUUUUACUGACAAACAGACUUUUUGUUCAAUGGUCAUUUCAAAUAAAUUACUCUUAUUAUGCCUAGCCUACAGUGGCCAUAUCACAUUAGGAGCCGCUGUCCUCAUCCCUUCUUCGCAUCUCAUACUUGAAGAUGCUUCUGUUAGUGCUGCAUGGGGAUCCAUGAAACAUUCCCAACCUUCACUCAAACCCUCGUUGGCAGCAUAUAACCAUAUCUCCCAAUCCAGCAUAUACCCUGUUGAUCGGGUAGGAAGACAUAUUAAUAAUAACCAGCCAUUUCACCAGCAGUACUCUGAGCCAUAUGCCGCUAUAUUAGAAAAGCGGAAUCCUCAUAAGAAUCCAAAUCCUGUCCCUCCUCCCCCUCCUGAACCUACAACCUCUGCCGCAGAAUUUAACGCUGUUGUGCAAUGGGACAUUGUACCUGAUUAUCAUGGAAAGAAGCAUAAAUAUCACCAUCAUAAAAACUAUGAAGACUACAGUGAUGAAGACGAUGACGACGACGACGAUGAUGAAUAUAAUAAUGAUGGUUAUGAUGAUUACGAUGAAUAUGACCAAGAUGGAGAUUACGAUGAUGCCUUACCUUAUCAUGAAGGCGAAAACAUGAAUGGAGAUUGGUGGAAAUACGACAAGGACGAUGGCUGGAAACAUGGUAAAAAAGCCAACCGAAGAGUAAUCUAUUUUUCCAAGGCUGCUGCUGCUCUUGCUACAACCACAGUAACUGCAUUACCACUAUCACUUCCUCCAUGUCUACCCGGUGUAGCUAUUCCUGGUAUUGAUAGGCUCGUUACAGUUCUUGUUACACCAGACAUACAGACAGUUCGAUUACCUGCAGAAGUGAGAACGAUUGCCGGAAAAGAGCAUACUAUCCAAGGAAUUGAAAAAGUUCUUACUCGAUUCUCUCCAACCACCAUUGUGGGCGAAGAUGUUUAUUUACCUGGUCUGGUCAAUACUAUCACUGCGCUUGGACAGGUUACCACUUUCACCAUGGAUGCCUUAACGAUUCGUGGUAAAGACAUCUAUGGUACAAUAACUCAAUAUGGCGCUACUGAAUAUGGCGCUACCCAGUAUGGUGCUACCCAGUAUGGUGCUACCCAGUAUGGCGCUACCCAGUAUGGUGCUACCCAGUAUGGUGCUACAGAGUAUGGCGCUACUCAAUACGCUACUGAAACUCUUCUUGGUGCGACUGUUACCGCCGACGGAAUUGUGAGCACUCUACUCCAGGACGCUGUUACACUGACUGAAUUAGUCACGGUUGAAGCGCCCGCUGUCAUUAGCACUGUUAAAGUGGAUGUUACUCAUUACUUGCUUAAACAAACAGUGAUGGCUACUGUCUAUGCCACUGCUACUGCUGUUCAAACCGUUGCUGUAACUAGCCACAAUAAUGUCUUUAUCACCAUGUAUGGCUCGACUUCGACCUCAACGCAAGAUGUUGUGGUGACUGUGCGUAGACCAAGAUCUACGACGACUACAUCCACAGAUGCUUAAGUUGCUUUUUUUAAAUACGCUAGUGUCCAUAUUAUGCAA